AAGCAGGCGCACAGGUCAAAAUAAGCAGGCAGCGGAGGUGGGGAGAGAGCAUCCAGUGCUACGUUAUAUGAGACGCCUUCAGAACACCCGUCCUGUCUAUUUACUGAAAGCUAAAGCACUGAUCCUGGGAGGCAUAAAAGCCAAGCAGGUGGCUGCGUGAGACUCAGUGGUGCAGGAUCGAGGGGGAAAAGAUCCAAGAGGAAGCAGUAGAAAGAUCGGCUCAGCAAGGAAGCCAAGAAUCGAACGGAGGGCUCUGCUGGUGAGCAAGGAAAGGCAGUGGAACACCAUCUUCUUCUUAGAAAAUGGAAAUGGCUGCCACAGAGCUGCUUCAGGGCCGUGUGACUUUUGAGGAUGUGGCUGUGUAUUUCACGGCGAGUCAGUGGGCUCUGCUGGAUCCAUAUCAAAAGGCUUUAUACUGGGAUGUCAUGCAGGAAAAUUAUGAGAAUGUGGCCUCUUUAGGAUUUCCAGUUGUCAAACUCGACUUGAUCUUCCAGCUCAAACACGAGGAAGACCCGUGGAUUCCAGAUCAAUCAGUCCUGGAGGAAAUGGAGAUUUUGUCUGAGCCCAGCACAGAGUUGCCUGAAGUUAUAAUAAAGCUGGAACAGGAAGAGGCGCCCUGGAUGAUGGAUCACCAGAGAUGGGAGAAUUUCCCAGGUACCAGUGUAGGAUUUUCUGAAAGGAUAAUAAAGCAAGAGCAGAAUGAGGAACCAAGGGUGCUGGAUCGCCCGGGAUGUGAGGGAAGUGGAGACACUGCUGAUGACCAAUCAGAGUUUUCUGGUGUAAUAAUAAAACUGGAACCAAAAGAGGAGCCUUGGUUCCCAGAUCUCCAGGUAUCUGAGGAAGGUGCAGGUGCCUCAGGGAUCCAGUCAGGAAGUGGAUAUGUGAAAGAGGAAGACAGCUUCCCAUUGGAAAGUAUUAACCAAGAGACAAACAAUAAGAUACCAUUGGGGAAUGCAUUUGCGUAUGCAAAGAAGGCACGUGUAUCUGUGAAUGAAGGAAAAACUCCAGGGAAGAGAACUGGAAAGGCUUUAACUUGUGAGAUAGGAGACAUUAAUGAAGCCAAAGUCCAAAACAGAAUCCACAAGCUGGAGAGAAUGCUUCAAAAAGGAGAGGAACCGUAUAAACACCUAGAUGGUGAGAAGAAAUCCGUUUGGAAAUAUUACCUGAUGACCCAUGGGAGAAACCAUACAGGAGAUAAACUAUAUACAUGUUCAUUCUGUGGGAAAAAAUUCUUUCGGAGAUCACAUCUUAUUAGACACAAAAUAAACCAUACAGGAGAGAAACCAUAUGUGUGCUCAGUCUGUGGGAAAAGUUUCAGUCAAAGAUCCCAACUUAUUAGUCAUGAAAGAACCCAUACAGGAGAAAAACCAUAUUCAUGCUCCAUCUGUGGUAAAAACUUGAGUCGCAAAGCACUACUCAUUAGGCAUGAGAGAAUCCAUACAGGAGAGAAACCAUAUAAAUGUUCUGUGUGUGGUAAAAGCUUCUGUCAGAGCUCUGGCCUUAUUGCUCAUAAGAUCAUCCACACAGGAGAAAAACCAUAUGCAUGUUCAGUCUGUGGAAAAAGCUUCAGUCGCAAAGCAAGCCUUAUCAGACACGAGCGAAUUCAUAUGGGAGAGAAACCCUAUACAUGCCCGGUCUGUGGCAAAAACUUCAGUCAGUACUCUGGCCUUCUUCAGCAUGAAAGAAUUCAUACAGGAGAGAUUCCAUAUCAAUGCUCCAUCUGUGGGAAAAGCUUCAGUCGCAAAGAUUGCCUUCUGGGACACAAGGGAAUCCAUACUGGAGAGAAACCAUAUAAAUGCUCAGUCUGUGGAAAAAGCUUCAACUGGAAAAGCUACCUGGCUGUCCACGAGAGAAGCCACACUGAAAAAAAAUCAUAUAUAUGUUCUGUCUGUGGGAAAAGCUUCAGCCAGAGAUCCAAUCUUCUUAGCCACGAGAAAACCCAUACACAAGAGAAAACCUAUACAUGCUCCAUUUGUGGUAAGAAUUUCAUUCACAAAGUCAGCCUUAUUAGACAUGAAAGAGUCCACACAGGAGAGACACCUUAUAAAUGCUCUGUCUGUGGGAAAGGCUGUAGUGGAAGAACUAACCUUAUUUCACAUGAAAGAACACAUACGGAAGAAAGACCUUACACUUGCUCGUUCUGUGGUAAAAGCUUUAAACAAAGAUCAAAUCUGACCAGUCAUGAAAGAAUCCAUACAGGAGAAACGCCCUUCAUGUGCUCAGUCUGUGGCAAAAGCUUCAGUUGCAAAGCAAAUCUUCUCGGACAUGUGAGAACUCAUACAGGGGAGAAACCAUAUCCAUGUUCGGUUUGUGGGAAGAGUUUUGGCAAUAAAUCACAGGUGGUUAUACAUGAAAGAAUACAUACAGGAGAAAAGCCUUACACCUGUUCAGUCUGUGGGAAAAGAUUCAAGCACAGAACAAGCUAUAUUGAACACCAAAAAAUCCAUACACAGGAAAAGCCAUACACAUGCUCAGUCUGUGGUCGAAGCUUCAGUCGGAAGGAGCAUCUGAUUAUUCAUGGGAGAAUCCACACAGGAGAAAAACCGUAUUCAUGCUCGGUCUGUGGAAAAAGCUUCAAGCAACGAUCCAGCCUCACUUCACAUGAGAGAAGCCACACAGGAGAGAAACCGCAUACGUGCUCAGUCUGUGGGAAAAGUUUCAAUCGAAGAUCCAACCUUAUUCAUCAUGAAAGAAUUCAUACAGGAGAGAAACCACACCCAUGUUCUGUCUGUGGGAAAAGUUUCAGGAUACUAAUGAGCCUUAUUCGCCAUGAACAAGUCCACACAGGAGAGACUCCCUAUAAAUGCUCAGCCUGUGGGAAGGGCUUUAGUCAGAGAUGCAACCUUCUUUCCCAUGAAAGAAUUCAUACAGAAGAAAGGCCUUACACAUGCUCAUUCUGUGGUAAAAGUUUCAACCACAAAUCAAACCUUGUUAGCCAUGAAAGAACCCAUACAGGAGAAAAACCAUACCCAUGCGUGGUUUGUGGCAAAAGCUUCACUGACAGAGCACAUCUUAUUAAACAUGAAAGAACUCAUACAGGAGAGAAACCAUAUAUGUGCUCAAUCUGUGGGAAUAGCUUCAGUCACCGAUCAAACCUUAUUAGCCAUGAAAGAACUCACACAGGUGAAAAACCAUAUCCAUGCUCUAUCUGUGGUAAAAGCUUCUCUGACAAAGCGUAUCUUCUUAAGCAUGAAAGAACCCAUACAGGAGAGAAACCAUACAAAUGUUCCGUCUGUGAGAAGAGCUUCAGUCGUAAAGACUACCUUAUUAGACACAACAUAAUCCAUACAGGAGAAAAACCAUACAUAUGCUCAGUCUGUGGGAAGAGCUUCAUGUGGAAAAGUUAUCUGUCUAUCCAUGAAAGAAUCCACACGGGUGAGAAACCGUAUACAUGCUCCAUCUGUGGUAAAAGCUUCAGUGAAAGAUCAUAUCAUAUUAUACAUGAACAAAUGCACACACAAGAGAAAACAUAUACUUGCGCCAUUUGUAGAAAAAGUUUUGUUCAUAAAGUCAGCCUUCUUAGACAUCAGCAAGUCCAUUCAGGAGAGACACCACAUAAAUGCUCAGUCUGUGGGAAGGGUUUUAGCCAAAAGUGCAGCCUUAUUUCACAUGGAAGAAUUCACACAGAAGAAAGACCAUACACUUGCUCAUUCUGUGGUAAAACCUUCAAACGAAGAUCAAACCUCAACAGUCACGAAAGAAUCCAUACAGGAGAAACUCCUUACAUGUGCUUGGUCUGUGGUAAAAACUUCAGUUGUAAAGCACAUCUUCAUGGACAUGAGAGAACCCAUACAGGGGAGAAACCAUUUCCAUGUUCAGUCUGCGGAAAAAAAUUUAGUAAUAAAUCACAAGUUGUUAUACAUGAGCGAAUUCAUACAGGAGAAGAACCAUAUACUUGUUCUUUCUGUGGAAAAAAAUUCAGACACAGAACAAGCUAUAUGGAACACCAAAAAAUCCACACACAAGAGAAGCCAUACACAUGUUCAGUCUGUGGUCGAAACUUCAGUCGUAAGGAGCACCUGAUUAUCCAUGAGAGAAUCCACACAGGAGAGAAACCAUAUUCGUGCUCAGUGUGUGGUAGAAGCUUCAAGCAGCGAUCCAGCCUCACGUCACAUGAGAGAAGCCACACAGGAGAGAAACCACACAUGUGCUCAGUCUGUGGGAAAAGUUUCACAAGUAAAGCUUACUUGCGGAGACAUGCAAAAAUCCAUGAGAGAUAGAGAAGCCAUGCAGUGGAAAAUUCAGUACAACUCGGAGCUGCUUUUUUUCAGAGUGGAAGGGGGGGGGGGCAGGAUAAGGAAGAAGUGAAGACAUACAUUUUCAGUGACCCAAAAAUCCACAACUAGAGACAGAAGUUACACACGCCAGAUUUAUUAAUGUGUCAGUGAUGGUUUUCUACCAGUGAUCUGUGAUACUGUACAUAAAAUUCUAUUAUACAUAUAUUUCAACAUUUUAAAUGUUUAUUUGCCCUGAAUAGCCUAAUUCCAGUUUAUUCAAUUUGUUAACUGACAAAUGCCCUUCUAAUUUAAAAACCUAACACUUGAAUGUUUUUGUCAGUGCUAUAGUGGGUUUUUUCAACCAUACUAUAUUGCUAUGUUAAUUGUAUGUGAAAACACUUGUUUGAUUUACUUGAUGUCUGGGAGUAUCCUAUAAUGCACGGGUAGGCAACCUUAGCUCUCCAGCAGUUGUUGAACUACAACAACUCCCAUCAUUCCCAGCAAAAUUUGUGGCUGAGAAUGAUAGGAGUUGUAGUUCAACAACUAUUAAAGAGCCAAAGUUUCUUAUCCCUGCUAUAACUUAUUAAAUAAAGCAGGUGUCCCCAGUUGCUGUUAACUAUGAGUUCCAUUAGUUGGACUACAGUUCCUAUCAUCCUCAGUCACAAUGGCCUUUGGCCAUUGUAGUUCAGCAACAUCUGGGGAUCUGAGUCUGGGAACACUUGAAAUAAAGCAUUUGAGAAAUAAACUUUUUGUUAUCCAGGCAAUAUGGAAUUGAUACUAUGUGGCUUUCCAUUUCUAGCAAUAAAUGUGUGACGUUAGGUGGUA